AUGGAAGAUGCACUGGAUGUGCAAUGCAUUAUGCUGUCUUCUAUGUCUCCCGAGUUGCAGAGACAGCAUGAGAACAUGAGUGCUAGGGAGAUUGAUCAGCACUUGCGUAAGCUCUUCCAAGAGAGUGCGCGAGUAGAGAGCAUGGACAAGAGUUUGACUGAUCUGAUGGUAAUGUUGAAAAUCGCUGAGAAGAAUAUGAAGGUAAAUCCUUCACUGCAUGCAAUGAUGGUCAGAAAUACCAACAAGCGCCCUGGCACCGAGAAGUUUAAUCCUAAGGCUAAUGCAGUGAAGAAUCCUAAAUAUCAAGCUCAAAAGAAGCUUAAUAAAGGGAUGCAGGUACCCCAAUCUGAUGAGAAGGAGGCCAUGUGCUUCCAUUGUGGCAAGAAAGAUUCUGGAAGUAGUUCUCACAUUUGUGCGAACAUGCAGGGUCUAAGUGACUGCAGACGGUUGUCCAAGGGUGAAAUGGACCUACGAGCAGCUAAUGGAGAGAGAGUUGCUGUGUUAGCUGCUAGAGGAGCGUAUACCUACUUCGUGACUUUUACUGACGAUUUAAGUAGAUAUGGAUAUGUUUACUUAAUGAGACAUAAGUCUGAAACUCUAGAUAAGUUUAAGGAGUUCAAGAAUGAAGUAGAAAAACAACGUGGCAAGAAGAUUAAGGCCCUUCGGAGUGAUCGAGGUGGCGAGUAUCUAAGCUAA